UCUCUCCACGCAAGGGAUCUCCAUGCCCGAGGAGACUCGUGUCCCAGAUUUAAACCAGUACCAGGUAGAAUGUCCAAACAGUACAGGCGAGGGAUCUGAUCAGGGCAUACCUGAUGUAAAUUGGAAUGAUGAGUACACCCAACCUGGCGACAAUGUUUACGCAGUAGAUACGGAUUUCUUCGGAGAGGACGUUAUUGGCCCAUCUUUUAUCCCCGACGAGUCACAACAACCAUACGCCUACAAUUACGCAUCAGGUUCGCAACAAGGAUUACAGACUCCACCACCUAUGCAAGAGUCGCAGACACAGGAAGACCAACUGGAGUACGGUCACGGUCUUCGUGUACCUCGACCACCUAAUCGCUUGGAGCUUUCCGGCCUGAAGGGAAGGCCAGGUGGCCGUCGUCGACUACAAUGAUUCAUCUAUCCACGUGCGCGACCCAAUGUAUCUACAUAUGUCUGUAUCAAACUUUUUGAUUUGAACAUCUAUGUAUGCUGAAAUAAGAAUGCACCAGUCAGGAAUAAUUUUCCCCUCAAUAU